UUGAUGAUUAUUGCGGUUGUUGAGGAGCUUGUAGAUCUGCACAGCUGAACCGAAUUAGCUUUGGGCUUUUUUCAGAGACCGUUGUUGCAAGUAAAGAGCUGCGAGAAGAAAGAUCAGCUGUGGAGAGAGAGAGAAAUGGCUGAGCCUGACCAAGAACUGUAUGAAGAGCUAGAGCUAGCAGAUGAUGCCGUGGAAGAUAUAUACGAAGAUCUCCCUGAUUCUGCCUUCAACGAUGCACCCAUCUCACCUCCUCCCCUUCCCUCCACCCCCAUCCCCUCGUUCCCAAGCCCCGCCCACAAGGCCCCGCCUCUACCGCCAUCCAACGUUCCGCCCAUCCCGACUCGCGCCAUGGCAACAUCUCUCACUAGAAACCAGCCCAGCAACAACCUCCAGAAACCGAUAAAACAGACCAAAGCGACAACAAUGAAACCCGGAAAGCCUGGAAAGCCGCCACCAGCUGUCAAAGCCAAAGCAGGAGGAGGCGGAGGAGGAAUAGACAUAUCUGAGAUUAUGAAGAGGGCCAGACAGAGGACAGGGAGCACUUCGGCCAUUAUGGAUUUGGAGACCAAGAUUGGCGAGAAGAAAGACGACGAUAACGCUCACGUGGCGCCGUGGGCUAACCAGCUCCGCAAGCCAAAAGUCCCACCGCCACCAAAGGAAGCAAGGAAGGAGGGUGGAGAGGGGAGCACGCCUCCCUGGGUCAAACGAAAGGUCGAGAACGAAGAACCCGCGACAGAGUCUCGAGCUCGAGCUCCACCGACCGCUCCGUCGAAGCCACCGGUGGCAAACGGAUCCGGUCCAGACGGUCGUAGCUCGCCCACCGGUGACGACAACAAGCCUCCCUGGCUGAAGCAGAGGGAAAGACAGCAGCAACUGGCCAAGACUGCCCCGGGCAGCGGUAUUGCAGAGAAACCUCACAUCGUACCCAAACCAGCUGCUAAACCACCUCCAAUGGCUCCGAAACCAGCCACAAAACCACCGCAAUUAGCCCCUGGACCCAAACCCCCUUCUGAUCAGCCGCCUCCCACUUCCCCAAGAAAAACUCGUCCCGUCCCCACACCAAAGACAAACGACUCCGCUGAGUCGGAGAAGCAGGCGAGUGGCGCGUCACCGCCCACCCAGAGCGCAGGCGUGCUCGCAAAGGCCAAGAUGUUUGCAGAGGCAGGAUCUAAACCAGCCAUUGCUCCAAAGACUGGGACUAGGCCGCCUCCUGUGAAACCCCACGGAGUUGGCGCGGAAAACUCGCCCGUUGUGGCGCCACGAGUGGAGAAGAAAUCGCCCACCCCUCCUCCGAUACCCACCCGAGAGUCAUCCAUGUCACAGAGCACACAGCCACGCUCGCCUUCCCCCAUCCCCGAGGACACGCCUCCCUUCUCUCGUCCACCUCCGUCGGUCCCCGAGACUAAUGCUGCUCCCAUCCCCGCAUUUUGUCCCCCGCCCAUCAGCACACGCCCACCUCCACCUCCCACCACCCCUCCUCCACCGUCCUCACAACCUCCCAUAAUUCCCCCUCCACCCCCUCUCUCCGAACCCCCAGGUCCCCCGUCGCUCCCCGACAGAAACCCCCCGAAAGCUCCGCCCCCUUUCCUCCCUUCGUCUCGGCCUCCGCCCUCUCUCCCUGCCACACGGGCCCAGCCUACACCCCCCACGGGGAGCGUCAUGAAAUUCCGCAGACGACCCCUCAAAUCAGUGGACCGCUCAAAACCUCCACCCCUUCCUCCACCCAACUCCAAACCUGUUAAAUUUCCCAUCCAACCUCCGUUGUCGUCUGUCCCACCACCAGCUCCAAGUGGGGGUGUGUCCGCUGGGAGUUGGGCUGAAACGUCUGGCGACGGAGAUGAACCCGAGGACAUCUACGAAGACACUGCCGCUGGUGCACCCGAAGAGGACGGGCCGGAUGAACUGUACGAUGAUAUCGGGAACAUUCAGGCGUCCAAACCUCCGAUGCCACCCCUGCCGUCAUCGCCACCUCUCCUUCCCUCCGUCCCCCCACCCACCUUCCGUCCUCCUCCUCCCAUGGUGGUCGAGACUCCCGAGAUAAACUAUGAGAUGGACCCCAACCUGCAGCAGAAUGGAGUGGUCCAUGAAGAUGUGACUCAGGAACUGUACGAAGACCUGAAUCCCAUCGACGGUCACCUCAACUCACCUGGUGCCCCGUCGGUCACCACUCUUCCCCUCCCUCUCUCAUCCUCACAGAACUCACUCACCCCUAGCACUUCUCCCACCCUCGACCGCAAACAAAAGUGAGUAUAAACACACCCACAUGGCAUGGUAUGUAGACAAUGUGUUUUCUGUUAUAUACAAGCGUUCGACAGUAGUUUAAUUUCCAGGAGCAAUUUAUAUUAGUGUGUGCACUCACAUAGUUGUGUGUGUGUGUGUGUGUGUGUCAGGCUGUCCAGAGAGCAGAAGAAGCAGCAGAAAGAGGAGGAGAGGAAGAAGAAAGAGCUGAAGAAAAAAGAGGAGGCGAAAGCCAAAAACAGACUCAAGUCCCUCAAAACCUUCAAGGAGUUCAAACUUCCCAACGACGUCCAGUCUCUGUUUGCGGUUGAAGUACAGGAGGACCAUCCAAAGACCAAGGAUCACAUGGCCGUCUCGAAGGGAGAACAGGUGUACGUGCUCCUCAUCAGCCACCCAAAACUGCCCAACGACCGCUACUUCAUAGAGAAAGAUGAUGGAACAAUGGGUUUUGUGAUGAAGUCCAUCUGCGUCAGGAUGGUCUACCUGGCUCAGCAGAGUGAGCCUCCACCAGUUCCUGAUGUGGACGAGUACCUAGACCAAGAUAUCUACGAGGAGCUGCCGGCAGAUGACGACGACAGUCUCAAUGGAAUUGCUCCGCCUGCCCUCCCCCCUCCCAACCCCAACUUCCUUCCGACUCGCUUCCCAGCUCCCUCACAGGCCGCACCUCCUCCGCCUCCUGAUGAACCGCAGGACAACUAUGAAUACUUGCCUGAACAAGAGGGUUCUUAUUAGUGCCCACUAUUAUAAGUAUGGGACACUCUAUUUUUUUAUCAAGGCCGUUGAGUCAGACGUUUUCUGCAUAAUUAUUAGAUUUGCUAUUGACA